UUAGCUGAGUCGGGGACUGAUGACGUUGGUUCCAUUCCUUGCCCUUGCGCUUGUGUCUACGUAAGUUCAGAGUUGUUUUUUUUUACAGUAUAGAUAUUAAAACUUUAUCGGCGGACGCCCAUCAGUCAUUAAUUACUGCGAUUGGACGUAAAUAAUCCUGUGACUUUUCGCCAUCCGUGGGUAAACAUUGAUACCGAACAAAAAACUGCAAGGAACCGGAGGAUGGCGACAGUCUGUGCCAGGGCUGCUGAUAACAAAGAACAAGAUGCUGUAGCUUCAACAGAGCAACAGGUGCUGUACAGCAGAACCAGACUGGCUACAUAUCUCCCUGGGCUUCAGGCUCUGGUGCAUCAUAUUGCCAGAACCAAGGGCUUGUCUAUUACUGGAUGCCAUAGCUCAGCUGCUCGCCAUGUAGCAACAGUCCCUUCCAUAAGUGAACCACUUCCAUCGUGGCUGGAUGAGACCAUGGUGCCAUCUGGUGUCAAAAACCAGGUCUCCCUUCUCCCCGGUAAUGUAGGUUUUGACUGUAAUCUGGAAAAAAAUUCCAAGGACAAGAUGAGACUCACAAAAAGGACGGUUCCUGAUCUUCUGUCUGCCUCACCAAACCGUGAACGAUGUUUAUCCAGGCUGCCUAUGAAUGAGUUUUUUAAAGAAGAUGACCCAGCAGUCAAUCAGAAUGACAGUGGAGCAGCAAAUGUAGCCAAAUCAUGUGUGGAGUGUGUCAUACAGCCAUGCCCUGAUAAACUACAGCAAGAUCUCCAAUGCCUGUUUCCUGAGGCCCCAAGCUCUCAAGUGACCGUGGUCACAGUGACUCAAAAGACACAGAAUGAUAUGACGGCAUGGUCUUCCGCUGUGGAGGAAGAGAGAGAGCAGAUGCUUGACAAGUUUGUAGAUGGAGCAAAGGACAUCUGCUUCAUCCUGCAGAGAGAAGGAUUCUGGGCUGACUUCAUCGAGCCUUCCUCCGGCUUGCCGUUCUUUGGAUCUUACACCAACAACACAUUCUUCGAGACCGACGACAGGUACCAUCUUCUGGGUUUUCAGAUUGAAGAUCUUGGUUGCUGUAGAGUUAUUCGACAUCAUUUGUGGGGGACGCAUGCCUUUGUGGGGACAAUAUUUACCAAUGCACCACCCAGCAGUUUAUCAUGAAUAAAUGCAUUGGACACAUAAUCAUAGUUUGGUUUAAAUAAUAAACGGAAUAUAAGCAUAAUAAGCAGGCACAGGUCAGGGCUUGCCAUUAAAAUGUUGUAUAAAAAAACAAGAUCCUCAAUCUUAGCAGGAUUUAUGUAUAAACUUGAGGCAAUGCUAUGAAAAAAAUACAGCAAGUUAAAUCCCUGCUGUUAAUAAACUCUUUA